UUCAAUCUUCGAGUUAAACCAUAGCGCCGUUUUCGAUUGUAUACAGUACUUCAGGAUGUCGGCAGUAGCAGCACAAAGUGAGGGAGUAACAAAGCUUCAGCAAGCUCGUACUGCUGCUCUAGCCAAGAUUGAAGAGGCCCGAAACAGGAGAGCAAAACGUCUGAAGGACGCCAAAGGCGAAGCAAACGUUGAAGUAGAGGCAUUUAAAGCACAACAAGAAGCUCACUAUAAUUCUCUCGAGUUACAGAUGAACUCACAACUUGGACCAUAUGAAGAGGUGUGUCGUCAAAUGACGACCGAGCAACUGAACGCAAUCCAACGUUCUUUCCUCUCCAAUAAGGAUGCAGCCUUGAAAUUACUGCUUUCCACAGUUUUGGACGUGAAACCAGUUGUUCAUGUGAACUUUGGCUAUAACAAAGCAGCCUCAUCGUAGUUUCUUUCUCUCUGUUGAAAUUAAAAGGGUCAUGUGGACCAUAUGAACAUGCAUAAUAUUAUCAAGAUUGUGAUUUUAGUCUCAAUUGUUUGCAUUACUUUAAUUCACUAAUAAUAAAUGAUUUUGUUUUAUCUUUA